CAGCAGUUAGUUGCACAGGACUUUUCUGUCCUCUUGCACCCUCUGCUGAGAGAAAACAGUACCCAAUCCACAUAUAGAAGACAAUAGUUUCCUUAAGAAGUUUGGCUGCAAAAGCGCAGGAGAAAAAUUACAGAAGCUCUAUUUGCAUCACCAUGACUCAAUUUACCUCCAAAAGCCACCGUUUGAGACUGAACGACGGGAAUGCUAUCCCGGUGAUUGGACUUGGUACCAGCACAGGUAUUGAGAAGACUCCCAAAGGCAUGUGUGCCGAGUCAGUGAAAACUGCCAUUGAUGUCGGCUAUCGUCAUAUUGAUGGGGCUUUUGUGUAUCACAAUGAAGAUGAAGUUGGACAGGCCAUACGGGAGAAAAUUGCGGAGGGGAAGAUCAAGCGUGAAGACAUAUUUUAUUGUGGCAAAUUGUGGAAUACAUGCCAUCCACCAGAAAUGGUCCGUCCAACUCUGGAGAAGACAUUACAAAUUUUGCAGCUUGACUAUGUUGAUCUCUAUCUCAUUGAACUGCCAAUGGCUUUUCAGCCUGGAGAAAACCUCUAUCCUAAAGACGAAAAUGGAAAAUGGCUUUAUCAUGAAACAGAUCUAUGUGCCACAUGGGAGGCUUUGGAAGCAUGCAAAGAUGCAGGCUUGGUGAAAUCUCUUGGUGUAUCCAACUUCAAUCGUAGGCAGCUGGAAAUGAUUCUGAACAAGCCAGGUUUGAAGUACAAACCUGUCAGCAACCAGAUUGAAUGUCAUCCAUACUUCACUCAACCCAAACUUUUAGAAUUCUGCAAAUUGCAUGAUAUUGUUCCUGUUGGGUACAGUCCACUAGGCACAUCAAGAGAUGAAAGCUGGGUGAACGUAUCUUCCCCUCCACUCUUGGAUGAUCCCCUGCUAAAUGCCAUUGGAGAAAAAUACAACAAGACAGCAGCUCAGGUAGCCCUGCGCUUCAGCAUUCAGCGUGGUGUGGUGGUCAUUCCAAAAAGCUUUAAUCCAAAGCGUAUUAGAGAAAACUUCCAGAUCUUUGACUUUUCCCUCACUGACAAGGAAAUGAAAGAGAUAGAAGCUCUGAAUAAAAAUGUCCGCUAUGUGGAGCUUUUAAUGUGGAAAGACCAUCCUGAGUAUCCUUUCCAUGAUGAGUACUGAAAAUUUGGGGUAUCCAAGAGCAUACAUUCAUUCACCUGUAGUGAUCUUGGCUAAUAUCUUAUACUUUGUAUCUGGUGGUAGUUCUUAAAUCACUUAACCUAAUCCAAUCCUUAGCGCUACAAUUUACGUAGUGGAUAUAGAAAAUAAGGCACAUUCAGAAAAAAAAUGUUUUAAAACUUAGUGUGCAAAUACUGCCAAAUGUAAACUUUAGUAGGGGAAAGUGGGAUUCGCUUUUUGUUUUUUUACAUAGAUAUGAAAAAUAUAUCUUUCUCUAGCUGUCUCAAAACUUGUCAUGAUUAACACACAUGAAAGAACAGUUCUGGUUAAGCCUGCAGUGAACCAGAACUACUGGAUGCAAAGGCAGGAAACUUUGAUUGAGGGCAGCAAUUAUUCCAAGUAAAUCUGGAAAUAAUUUUUGGGAAUUGUUUGGGGUUGCUUUCUACUUAUUUGUUUAAUGGCCUUCCAGAUUAGAACACUCUUUAUUCUUAUAGCUAACUUAUAUGUUUCGUUCCUAUUACAAUGUUUGUAUGAAUAAUCACAUUGUAUAUCCCCCUGAAAUAGCCUCCCUGAAAAUGCUUGCUGUCAGAUGUGCUAGAUUGCAACUUUCAUAUUUCCCAGAGGCCACUUGCUGAAACAGAGAAUGGGAGAUAACAAGGAGGACCUGCCUUCAUUUCCAACAGUUUCUUGCUGUUCCCCUCUAGGCUGUAAAUGGAAGGAGAGAAGAACUUAAAAUCUGAGCCCCCCAAAAAAAUUUAAAGCUGUUCCUAAUCACCUUGCAGAUCCGAGUGAACGUUUUGUAGAUCUAAGUGAAUAUUUUGAACAAUUCAAAGUAAAACGAGAGUUAGUCCUCAACUUAUGACCUUUUAGCAGCCAUUUCACAUUAUGAGGUCACUGAAUGAUUGGUGGUUAUGACUGAUUUUUGGAAUUCUGGCUGUCCCAGCAGCCGCACAGCACGUGAUCACAAUUUGAGUACUUUGCAAACUGCACUUU